UGCCCCCAUGGUUGGGAGAUGUACACCGCUGGGGACACCUGCGUCGUCCUCAAGACGGACUCCAAGAAGAACUUCUAUGAGGCCCAGAAGGACUGCAAGGCUUACGAUACACUGACUGACCUAGUGGUCAUCAAAGAUGACGCCAUGAAUACCUGGGUAGCAAACCUUGUCAAUAGUGUAAACGAUCGCUUCAUGCUUGGACUCUCUGAUCAAGGCCAGGAGGGCAAGUUUGUCUGGGUCAACGGAGAUGAGCUAGACCAACAGGCAAAUAAUCCUAACUGGAAUACAGGCGAGCCCAACAAUUCCGGUAAUGAAGACUGUGUCACCAUGUUACCAACCGGCAAAUGGAAUGACGUGGGCUGCGGCACAUCAUAUUACUUCAUAUGUCAGAGGCCGAACGACGUUCCACUGGCGUGCGACGAGGACAAUGGCUGGACCACGGGCGUGGAGCGCUGCUUUAGGUACUACGGCUACUCCAUGACGUGGGCCGACGCCCGCCAGUACUGCCAGGAUCGAGAGGCUGACCUGCUUCAGAUCCACUCAGAUGCCGAGCAGACUAUGAUCCUGACCAUGUCUGUGGCUGGAAGCUGGAACACCUUCUGGCUUGGACUGACCGAUCAGGUCAGUACUGUUUGUCGGUCGGAUCGGUUGACUGUCUGUAGCUCAGUCCUCCGGAAGACCUUGAUUGGACUGACCGACCAGAUCAAGAAUGUCCAAGGACAGUAUACUUGGGUGGAUAAUACCAAUCUUGGAAGCAACACAAACUGGGCUGCGGGCCAGCCAGAUAACAGCUUUUUUACAAGUGGAGGCAACUGCGUUGAAAUUUUGAACAACCCAGCUGACGGGAAAUGGACCACAGCGGCUUGCACGAGCAAGAGAAGCUUCGUCUGUGAGAAAGACAAGGCAUAUUUUGUUUCUGAUAGCCAAUGUGUUUCACCAGAGGACAGGUAA